CCACUCUGCAAAGUCCAUCAGUUCAUCAUUGAUAUUGACAACAUUAUAUUUCUUGGCUGCAUGCCUCUCACACCUGCAAGCCCUACAAAACCCAGUACAUAUUGUGUCCAUUUGUUCCUAUUAUACUUGUCAUUUCUGAUAUGGUACUGUACAGGUUCAUCCAAUCAAGGAAAUCAAAAACAGACUCUACAAACAGUUAACUUCAAUGUGCCCAACAGUCUGAUGAAACAUAUCAAGCAAAAACCCCAAACAACAUCGUCUACUGGAUGCAGUCCCACCCUUACUGCAUCUGCAUCUACUUCCUCCUCCAACAAUCCUUCCACUGACAAAGACAAUGAUAACAAUGACUUUGAGCAUGUUGAAAAGAAGAAUGAAUGACUGACAGAGACACUGAGACAUGAAGA